AUGGAUUUGAACUUGAUCCCGGAAGAGGAAGAUGAAGCUCAACAAGAAGAACAAGCUCAGCAAGGUGAUGCUAUUGAUUUGAACUUGAUCCUGGAAGAGGGAGAUGAAGCUCAACAAGAAGAACAAGCUCAGCAAGGUGAUGCUAUUGAUUUGAACUUGAUCCCAGAAGAGGAAGAUGAAGCUCAACAAGAAGAACAAUCCCAACGAGGUGACGCUAUGCAUUUGAACUUGAUCCCGGAAGAGGAGGAUGAAGACAUUGAAUUGAAUUGGUUUCUUGAAGAGGAAGAAGCUCAAGAGGCACAAGAAGAUGCAUCAUUGGAAGAAGCUCAAGAGGCACAAGAAGAUGCAUUAGUGGAAGAAGCUCAAGAGGCACAAGAAGAUGCAGAAGUGAGAGAAGCUCAAGAAGCUGAUGCACAAGGCAACCCAAGAGGGAAGGACAUGACAGACAAGGAGAGAUAUGGUGUUUACUUUGCUCUGCGAGUAAUCGAGCUUAGAGAUGGAUAG